GGAAGGGAGGUGUGGAUAGUGACCUGUGCUCGCACAUAGGCUUCUUGGUGGCGGCAGCAGCGGCCUUAGCGUCUCAUCCCCGUCCCUGGGGUCCGCGCUGAUAGCCGCGGCUCGCCCGCGUCUCUGGAGCUCCUUUAAGCGGCGCUUUUAAUCCCCUCUCCUCGCGCACCAGGAAACAAAGCGGGAAGAAAAAGUCUCUUCGGCAGGUCCAGACUUUUCCCUGGAUUUCCUCCCGGCUAGCCGUGGUGCACUAACCUCCUGCAGGCUGUGUUCAUGCCGCCAUCCCCGGUCCUCUCCCUGUAAUCCGACCGAAGCCCGAGCCUCAGCUCCCAGCCCCGCCCUCCCCGGCGGGUGAGCAGACAAGCCCCUCGGGCUGACCCUCCAGGAAAAUUGCAUCUUGGUAGCAAUUACAAUGCCUCCAUUUAAGAAAAUCAUUUUUGGGAAAAGGAUGCCUUUUUUCAAGAGCAAGAAGCAACUGAACAUUUCCCAAGAUGUCCCGCCAACAAAACCAGCAGAAGUGCCAGCUCCCUGCCAAGUGCCUCCCCAAAUAUCCACCCAAGCACCCCCUAAAGGCUCCUCAGGCCCUGGCUCCCUGCCCCCCUCCUGCCCCUUCCUGCUGUGUCCCCAGCUGCUGUAUUUCUGGCUUUGGAAGCUGCUGCUCUCUGGUGUCCCACCGGUUUCCAAGUGUCUACUUAUGCCAGCCCCAGCCUUCCAACUGCUGUGAGGUGGAACCCUCUGGAUGUUCCAGUUGCUGCCAUAGUGUUGGGGCUACAGCUGAUCUGCAACCUUGGAGGAGCAAAAGAGCCACAGCCAAAGAACAGUCUGGAGCUGACAUCACUUCUCACUCUCGGUUUUAUUCGUCCCUCUCCUCCUGAAUUAAGCUGCCUA